AUGCCACUCACACUUCACUUCUAUCUUCUUGGUUACAUUAGUCCAGCUUCGCCAAUCUAUUGUACAUGGUGGACGGCUUUCGAAUACACUAGCUUCGUAAGCAGUGCAUUUUUGUUGGCUGCAAUUUCUGUUCAACGACACAUGCUCAUUUUUAAUGGACCUUUCCUGAAGAAACCUUGGAUGCGAACACUACUACAUGAUCUACCACUCAUUCUUUGUCUCAUUUAUCCGGUUUUAUUCUAUCUGUUCGCCAUUAUACUUUACCCAUGCGAUGGAACUCAAUGGGAUUAUACGAACAAUGGGUGUGGGUUCGCUGAUUGCUAUUUUGCAUUUGAUAAAGUACUGGGUACAUUCGACAUGCUGGUUAAUAGCGCGACACCUGUCAUUAUUGAUAUUACUGCGAAUGUUAUCUUAAUCAUACGAGUAGCAAGACAGAAGCGACGUUUACAACAAUCGGUAGCAUGGCGACAACAACGACGGAUGAUAUUACAACUGUUUUGCUUAUCGGGUCUAUUCUUCGUAGCAUGGAUGCCGGGUGUUAUCAUUAUGCUUGUUCAAAUGCUUUACGACCCAAUGUUUCUUCUUGAGAUUCAAAUGGAUUACCUUUUUGAUCUUAUCGACGUAGAAUAUGUUUUCCUUCCUUGGGUAUCUCUCGCAUUCUUUCCUGAGCUGAACAAAUGGAUGAAGAAGGUAUUUUCGUGUCGGCCGGCAAUUAAUCAAGUUGGAACAAGUCGACAACAACAAUUGGAUUCCAAGCCUGUGAGAGUAGUGAAUCAUUCAGCCAUGAAUUAG